CGGCAGCAGCGUCACUCCGGGACGAACGCGCCGUGCGCCGCGCAUGCGCGGUGGGGGCGGCGAGCCCGUGGCUGCCCGGGCAGGGAUGGCCGAGGGGGGCUCUGGCAGCUCCGGCUCCCCGGGCAGCCUCCGGCCGGGGCUCCCGGGGGCUCGGGGGGUCCUGGGCAGACGCCCCGCAGCCCCCACCGUCAGCCCGGGCCGCCUGCCCUCCAUCCGCUCCCGAGACCUCACCCUGGGCGGCGUCAAAAAGAAAACCUUCACCCCCAACAUCAUCGUCAGGAAGGUCAAGGAGGAGCCCCGUGAGGAUGUGUCGGUCAAGAAGGAGAAGAAGGAGCGGGAACGGCAGCGGGAUGGGCAGGGCCGGGGCAGGGGCCGGCCCGAGGUCAUCCAGUCCCACUCCAUCUUCGAGCAGGGCCCGGCUGAAAUGAUGAAGAAAAAAGCGGGCUCCUGGGACAAGACAGUGGACGUGUCCGACUUCGGCCCUUCCCACAUCAUCAACAUCAARAAGGAGAAACGGGAGACGGACGAGGAGACGAAGCAGAUCCUGAGGAUGCUGCAGAAGGACGAUUUCCUGGAUGACCCGGGGCUGAAGAACGACAUCCGGAACAAGCCGGUGCAGCUGCCCCUGGCGCACUCGGGGUGGCUCUUCAAGGACGAGGCGGCGGAGCAGGAGGACACCGAGCCCUGGCUGCCCGGACAAUCCCCUGGGAUGAUCCCAAUCCCACUGUCCCCGUGGCAGGAGGCGAAGCAGGCAGAGAACACCUGCACCCUGGCCGACCUCCCCGAGGGGCAGGUGGGGAAACUGCUCAUCCGAAAAUCRGGAAAGGUGCAGCUGGUGCUGGGCAAGGUGACCCUGGAUGUGACCAUGGGCACCCCCUGCUCCUUCCUACAGGAGCUGGUGUCUGUCGGCAUCGGGGACAACCGCACGGGCGAGAUGAUYGUGCUGGGCCACGUGAGGCACAAGCUGGUCUGUUCCCCGGAUUUCGAGGCUCUCCUGGAGCACCGGCACCGGUAGCCGAGGGGAUCCCGGCCCCCCAGCCCCCGGGGAUGGACCCUCAGCCCCUCCAGAUGUGCCUUUGGGAUGUGGGGAAGGGGCUCCCACCCCCUUCCAGCCCCGCAGGGGGGUCCGGCUGUGUCCCCCAAAGCGGCUGCUUCCCCCCAGUGCCAAACGGGGAUCUCUGGAUGUGUGGGACUGUUGCGUGUCCCCGUGCUGGUGGCAGCAGGACACGUGUCUGGGGGGAGAAACCUGGAAUAAAACCUCUUUUCCCCCUGCGUGGGGCUCCUC